AUGAGAGACGACACCGCGGGAAGUUCGCUCACCACCCAAUCCCUACCCAACGUUGGCACUGGCACGAGCACCAACGCGAGGAUGUACCGCUCCGUCUACAUCCUCUUCCAGCAAGACACCGACUCCACCAGCAUCGUCGAGGUCUUCGCCGACGUGCAGGACGCCAAUAACGAGUGCCUCCAGCAGGCCAACUCCCACGGCAUCACAUUGACCAACAAACAGUCUACCUCGGGCCCCGAUAGCCACUUCUUCUGCCCCGUCGAGCCGCUGCGGUGGGACACGCCCGAGGGGCUGAGCUGCUGGGUCGAGGGCUUCGACGUGGUGCCCAAGAAGAUAGCAAGCCCAGCGCAUAACUAA